AUGAGUUCGACAAAAGGAACAUCGACCUCUGCAGUGAUAACCUCGAUUAUUUUCAAUGGAGCGGUUUUCCUUGGGCUCACCACCGCGUUUCUUUUGCUUCGUCUCCAAUUCAAAAGAAUUUACCAACCAAAGUCAUUGGACUUGAUUAUUAAGAUCAAUAAGGACCAAAAAUACUUGGAACCUUUACCCUCAGGCCUUUUAGCGUGGGUUGUGCCUCUAUUGUCCAAACCUAAGAGCUUCAUUAUUCAACAGGCAGGUCUCGAUGGGUACUUCUUCCUUCGCUACCUUUUGGUGUUCUCCUGUACUGCUUUUGCUUCCUUGCUUCUUAUUUUCCCUAUCUUGAUUCCAAUCAACGCAACAGGUGGGAAUGGGAAAACUGGUCUUGAUAAAAUAAGUUUCUCCAACAUUAAGGAACGCCACCGGUUCUAUGCCCAUGCUAUCAUUUCCUUGGUGUUCUAUUCCUUUGUGUUGUACAUUAUUUAUCGCGAGUUGACUUACUACAAUUAUCUUCGUGAAUGUAUUUUAGCAUCGCCUAAAUACGCGUACAAGUUGUCUUCCAGAGUGGUGCUUUUCCAAUCAGUUCCAGACCAAUACUUGAACGAGAAGGAAUUUAAGAAAUUGUUCAAAGGGGUUAAAAAGAUUUGGGAAGCCACAGCAGACUCAGAAUUGGAGAAAAAAGUGAAACUCCGCCAAAAAUUGGCCUCCAACUUAGAAGGAACUCUUAAUGGUAUAUUGCAAAAAGCUAUGAAAGUGAAAUCCAAAGCUGAGAAAAAGGGUAUUGUCAUUGAACCAGUCGAUGAGUUAGUUGCCUAUAUCCCUCAAGAUAAGCGCCCAACUGUCAGAAAGUACAAGCUUUUUGGUGAAAAACGCGAUAAGAUUAAUUGUUUGAAAGAAGAACUUGAAAAAGUCAAUAAAGAGAUUGCUGAAAUGAAAUCUGAAGGAAAUAACAAUAAAUCGACAAUGAAUUCUAUUUUUGUGGAAUUUGAGAAUCAAUAUUUUGCCCAAUUGGCGCAUCAAACAAUUAUUCAUCAUAAGCCAUUUACCUUGUCAGAACAUUACGUUGGUGUUGAAUCAAAGGAUAUUGUUUGGAUCAACAUGAGAUUGUUUUGGUACGAAAGAUUGGUUAGAAAAUAUGUGGCAAUAGCCGCAAUUGUUGCCCUUGUUAUCUUUUGGGCUGUUCCUGUCGCGUUUGUUGGGGUCAUUUCAAACGUCAAUUACUUGACCAAUAAGCUUCAUUUCCUUAGAUUUAUUUAUAAGUUAGGUGACACUUUAAUGGGUCUUAUUACCGCGUUAUUACCAACCGUUUUGUUGUCGGUGCUCAUGGCCCUUUUACCAAUCUUCAUCCGCCUUAUGGCUAAACUUUCGGGUGCCCCAACUUUGCAACACAUUGAAUAUUUUACCCAGCAAGCGUACUUUGCAUUCCAAGUUAUUCAAGUCUUUUUAGUCACCACAAUUUCUUCCUCCGCUUCUUCGGUUGUUACCCAAAUUAUUAACCAGCCAACCUCUGCCAUGAGUUUAUUGAGCGAAAAUCUUCCAUCCGCUUCUAACUUUUAUGUUUCGUAUAUUGUCCUUCAAAGUUUUUCGAUUGCUGGUGCAUUGUUCCUUCAAAUCACCACUCUUGUGUUAUUCUAUGUUCUUAGCUUUAUCUUAGAUAAGACUGUUAGAAAGAAGUGGAAUCGUUAUACCUCUUUGGGCUCAAGUUCUUGGGGUACUGAUUUCCCUCCAUACACCAACUUGAUGGUUAUUUCUUUGGCAUAUUCCAUCAUUUCUCCAAUAGUGCUUCUUUUCACUGCUGUUGGUUUCGCGAUCUUGUACGUUUCUUACUUGUAUUAUUUGUGUUAUGUCAGUGAUAAUUCUUCCAAAGAUAACAGAGGUAUACAUUAUCCUCGUGCGUUGUUCCAAACUAUUGUCGGGAUUUAUAUUGGGCAAAUUUGUCUUUUAGGAUUAUUUGUUGUUGCCAAAGCAUGGGGUCCAGUGAUUAUCGUUGCUAUUGCAUUAGGUAUUACAGCAGUUGUCCAUAUUAAUUUGAAUAGUGCAUUCGAUAAAUUGAUCACUGCAUUGCCAAUUGAUGCUAUGAAAUCUUUGGAUGGUGUUAGUGAAACUCCUUCUUUCUUCCAACAAUUGCACUUGGGUGGUAUCAGUGAUAUGACUGAUAAUAAUGACUCAAGUAUUAAUAAGAAGAUACUUCCAAGGUUAUCUGAAUCCACUGAUUACGAUACUUCCAAAUUAACUGACAAGGAAGCAUUGGUAAGAUUGUCGCAUGACGAGUAUUAUAACGAACUGACUAAUCUUCAUGAUGAUGAGGACAAAAAUUUUGCGAAGCCAACUUUGGCAGGAAUCGUUGAAAAAUACGAUACUUUAGCCAAUGUGCCAUUAUUGGCCGAGGGAUCCAAAGACCGUCUGUACGAAAAGCGCGAUAACAUUGUGAUGCGUUUCUUCAAACCGCACAUUUACUUGUCAUAUCGUUACUGUAAACGUACUUUGCCGGAGAUUUACAACCAUGUGGACAUAAAUGACUUGGAUGAAGAAGCAAACGACAAAGCUUACAAUUAUCCUGCAGUCUACGCCCCACCUCCUGUGGUAUGGAUUCCAAGGGAUAAAAUGGGUUUGAGUAAAUCUUUAAUCAAGGACUUUGAAGGUGUCAUUGAAAUCAGCGAUGAUGGCGCGACAUUUGAUGAAGAUGAUAAAAUUAUCUUUGUAGGAGCUCCACCGGAAUAUGAGGGCAGAGAGAAGGUUCAAUUGAAUAAAGCGUUUGAGAUUCAGAUGGAUGAAAUUAAAUAA